AUGCAGCUCACCAAUCUGUUCAUGACCCUCGCGGCGACUCUCUCUGUCGCCAACGCUUACAAAGUCACCACCGACGGUGUCAACUGUCGCAAGGGCGCCUCCACGAGCGAUGCCUCUGUAACCACAUACGACAACGGCGAGGACGUCAACAUCACCUGCCAGACCAACGGCCAAAGCAUCCAGGGCAACACCAUCUGGGACAAGACCGAUGACGGCUGCUACGUCUCCGACUACUACGUGAAGACCGGCUCAGACAGCAUGGUCACCAAGGACUGCGACGGCGGCUCUGACAGCGGCAGCUCUUCGUACCAGGGCGAGAUCAGUCGCAAGGAGAUCCUCAAGCGUGCUGAUUACUGGAUCUCGCGCCACAUCCCAUACUCCAUGAGCGCCUACUACUCCGACCCCGAUGGCCGCAAAUACCGCACCGACUGCUCGGGCUUCGUUAGCAUGGCUCUCCAUGCAUCUGCCCCAGGUCUCAGCACCGUCAGCCUCCCGGAUAUUGCGAAGUCUAUCUCGUGGGAUGAUCUCCAGCCCGGUGACUUUGUUGGCACCCUUGGAUCCGGUACUGGCGGUGCUGAUGGCCAUGUCACUCUGUUCAAGUCCUGGACCGACAGCUCCAAGAAGAAGUACAAUACCCUUGAGUGCCAGGGCACCUACGGCUGUGUUGCAGACAAGCGCGAGGUUAGCUGGAAGGUUGGCAGCCACACGGCCAAGCCCUACCGCUACGAGAAGGUGAAGGAUUAA